GCUAGCAGAGCGUGUUUCGUACAGUCGUCGAGGAAACUAAUCUGAUGGGGAGGUCGCCGUGCUGCUGCCAAAACUCCGGCGUGAAGAAAGGGCCAUGGACGGAGGAGGAGGACAAGACUUUGGUGGAGUACAUCCAGAAGCGCGGCGGGAACGUCGGUAGCUGGCGCGGCCUGUCCAAGGCCGCCGGGCUGAACCGCUGCGGCAAGAGCUGCCGUCUCCGGUGGACAAAUUACCUCCGUCCCGACAUCAAGCGCGGCAACUUCACCGACGACGAGGAACGCCUCAUCAUCAACCUCCAUGCCAGCCUCGGGAACAAGUGGUCGACGAUCGCGACGCACCUGGAGGGGCGGACGGACAACGAGAUCAAGAACUACUGGAACACACACAUCCGGAAGAAGCUCCUGCGCAUGGGAGUCGACCCAGUGACGCACAAGCAGCUGCCACCCGACCAGAGUCGCCACCACCUCAACGCCACCUCCAUAGCCCACCACCCCGAGGCGCUCCUCUGGGCUGCGGCGGCCGCGAGCCUCGGCAGCAUGGACACCGGCGCCCUCAUGCUGGCGCAACUUGUACAACAGUUCCUCCAGAUCAUCGGCUCCAACAAUGGCACCAGCGGCCUCAUCGCCAACCUAGCUGCAGCAAACGCAAUGCUGAACUCAAGAGGUAGCAUGGUUCCGAACCUCCAGCUCCAGGACCAGAUGAACUACCUGCAGCUGGGUUACCUUUGCAACACCUCUAAUUUUACAGACCAGCAUGUGGUGCAGCAGCAGCUGACCAAUGACACGUCUCCGGGAACGAGCUCCUUUGCAGCCGGUCAAGAGGCUGAUCAGCUCUGCAACACUGCAGCUACAUUUGCAUCGCAUGAUGUUGCACCGGCUGGUGACUGGUCGCCCGCAAAAGAGUUCGCUGGAUUGAUGGAGCCCACGAUGGAGCUGCCCGAUCUGUGCUCUCUGGAGAGUGAUUCUUUCUGGAAGGACAUACUAGAGGACAGCUACCAUUUGUAG